GCAGAAGGAAUUGGAGGAGAAGUCCAAACAAAGAAUUGUGGCUGAUCCGAAGGUGACACCUUAUGAGAUCCGCGAAAGCCUGCAGAAGUACCUGGAUAGUGUGCACUCCAAGGACAUUUGGGCACAUGUGGUCCCCCCUGCUGGGGGACCCAGGGUCUGGCAUUGGAAAACCAAACCGUGUGCAGUGUGGAUGGCGAAGACAUCAGCGUUGGUGUUCGAUUUGCUGGACGUGGCCAGGAAUGGGAAGCUGCAUUCAAAGAAGUUGUGCAUUGCCUUGGAAGGAAUGGUGGACAGCGGGGCCAUCAGGAACUGUUCCGGGUCGCAGCGGGAGGACUUCAUCAGUCAUGUGGACAUCACCAUGCGGCUUCAAGGGUCAGACCGCUGCAAGGUCCAGAAGGUCGUGGAGGCUUUGGUUUUGCCCUUGGACGACAGCGACGAGGACGAGGAGAAACCCCUAGUGAAGAAGGAACCGGACAUGGACAAUAAUUUCUUGCAGAACUCGAAGCUGUUCGAGGUGACUCUGGACGAACCGCAACCGCAUGAGUGCCUUCCAAGCCAGGUUAAUCGUACCACAACCACAACCCGGUCCUCCUCUAGCAGCCUCAGCCGUCAGGGGGAAUUAAAUAUUUUGGAGCUUGCAAAACAACGCAAACCGGCUGCAUCGUGGGGGAGAAACUCGAAGAGCAAAGCCGCGACAGCGGCCAAAGUCUUGCAGAGUUCGGAGUCCGAGGAAGACAGCAGUGAGACAGAGGAGAUGGCCCAGAAGAAGAACAAUAACAAGAAAAGCGCGACAAAAAAAACGAAUAAUAAAACGAAGCUAAGCAAGAAGAAGCAGGAGAAGAAGAAGCAGGAGAAGAAGAAGCAGGAGAAGAAGAAGAAGAAGAAGAAAGCACAGAAAACCAAAGACACAAAGAAGAAGAAAAAGAAGCAGGACAAGAAGGAUGAAAUUCAGGAGAAGGAGGACCAAGAUGAAAAGAAGGAGGAAACCAGAAAAAGGAAAAGCUUUGGAGGCUUCAGUGUUCCAUUUGGUCCAGCCAAGCUGAGAUUCGAGACCAUGAUGGAGGUGUUUUAUGAAGUCCUUGUCCCCAAAGCAGCAACCCCCAAGGGUGCACCAUGGGAGGUCGAAUGGUACAGGUACAGCUACAGCGGGGCGAAGGGUCUGGAGACCAAGAAGGCUUUCAGACAGUUUUUCAGGAAGAAAGCUCAUAAGUUUCUGAAGGAUAAAGGGCUCGAAUGA